AUGCGAUCACUGCUUCUGGGGCUAGCUCUCCUGGCUGGACAGUUCACGCGUGCUUUGGGAGAGCUCGCUGCCGAUGACAUUGCAUUGUCAUGCACCCCGUUGUCGAAAAGUCCCGUGGCCCUUCCCGCAAGUGGAUUUUGCGGCAUCGACAUGCUCUUGGGCAUGGAGAUCAAAGUCUCGCUAGACAUCACAUCCAUCGACAACGUAGACACAAAGUGCUCGCUCAACAGCAUUCCGCUCACGAACGUGUCGCUGGUACAAAAAGACUCCAAGUGGAAAGUGCGGCUCGGGUACACGAUCCAACUGAGCGACCCCGACUCGGAAGCGGGCGUGACCAAAGUCAAGUGCACCGUCUCCCGGACCAACGAAACUCUCGCGCUCAUCACCGAGACGCUCCCCAUCGCCAUCUUUGCGUACCUCCCCGAGAUCGACUCGUUUGUCGCGAUUCCUCCCGCGUCGAAUGCCGCCGCGACGACCCGCCCGCCGUCCAAGAACAAGACAAAUCUGAACCCGUCGAUCGUCGCCCUCGGCAUCGGGUCCCCCGUGAACUUUAUCGUGAGCUCAAAAUCCAAGCACGCUGUCUCCGGCACGUGUCUGCUGCAGCCACAGAACCAAGUGCUGUCGCUGUCCGCGUCCACGGGCCAGGUCGUCGUGCGCGCCGGCGACCCAUACAUCGGGGUCGACGACAUGACGUACUCGUGCAACGUGACGGACGUGGCCGGGAACUCGGCGCACUCGGAAGGCCGCGUGUUAUCGCAUUCGAUGGUGCUGGACGGCACGCUCCCCGUGAUCGAGAGUGUGUUCAUGGCGUUCUCAUCGGAAACACCCGCGAAAAUAGGCAGCAUGGUCACGCUGACGCUCAAAGCUCAAAACUUGACCUCGGGGUACUCUGGCAAUUGCUCAGUCAACGGCGUCGGCCCGUUGGAACUCGCAGAACAGACCGAGGACAAGAAGGGGCUGUACCUGGUGCAGUACCACGUUGGCUCGGGCGACCACGACGUGGGCAUCAACCAGACGCUGCCCGUCGAAUGCAAGCUCGUGAACGCAGCCAAGAACGCGUUCAUGUACUCGACGGCCGUGCCGCUGAGCUUCGCCAUCGACGCCAACCUCCCCGAGAUUGUCAGCACGAAGCUCUUGUUCUCGUCCGACGACCCUGCCCAGGAAGAGAGUGUGAUUGAGAUCCAGAUCAUGUCGUCGCAUGAAACCCUCCCGCUCGCCGUGCACAAAGAGACUUGUUCGAUUAACAAUGUGUCGGUGGCACGGAGCUUUACGCGAUCGGGCGUGGACACGUACUUGCUGACGUAUGUCGUGGGCAAAGGCCAAGCCAUGUGGAAGCCAGGGAAGCUGCCGAUCUACUGCGUGCUCCAAGAUCAAGGCGGCAACACUGUGGUCGUGACUGGCUUUACAGAUGAUAACACGCUAUUUGCGCGCGAGAUGAAGCCCCACGAGUUCGACCCGACCAAGGACUUUGGCGGGUACCUCCCAGACAAGAUGGUGUUUUUAUCGUUUGUGAUUGUGGCGGUGGCCAGCCACACGAUCAGCUACGCCUGUCCAUUCGUGGGGCUGCCCCGGAUCACAGGGUACCUCGCUACGGGUAUUAUUACCGGACCGUUCGUGCUCAAGUUGAUCACCACCGACGAAAUCGGCCAAAUGCGGUUUGUGGACGAGGUGGCGCUGGCGUACAUUGGGCUGGCGGCGGGAGCCAAGCUGCACUGGGUCGAGAUGCGGCGCAAGAUCAAGAGCAUUCUGGCUGUGACACUGUGGCUGACCCUGUUCGAGUACGUGAUUGGCACGCUCACGAUCAUCGUGCUGGCAAACUACUUGGUGUUCCUGCAAGCCACGACUACGAUGGAGUGCUAUGCGAUUGCGAUGCUCGCAGGGUGCAUGAUGAUUGCGCGGUCGCCGUCGUCGGCGCUGGCCGUGAUCGAGGAGACGGGGUCGCAGGGCCACUUUACCACGUUCAUCUUUAGCGUGACCGUGCUCUGCGACAUCGUUGUGAUCAUCCUCUUCAACGUCAACAACAUGAUCACUGAGUCGUUUCUGAGCGACAAGAGCAUCAGCUUCCACAACGUGAUGGAGCUCGUGGCGCAGAUGGCCAUCUCGGUCGCGGUGGGCGUCUUGUCGGGCAAGUUCAUGUCGUACAUCAUCCUGUGGCGCACGCCGCGCAUCCGCCGCCGCAGUCGACUCCACAAGCUGCUGCAGCUGUCCAAGCAGGUGGUGAUCCUCAUGUUUGGCUUCAGCUUGUUCGUGCUGGGCCAUCUCUGCCACCCGUGGCUUGAGUCGCUCAUGUGCUGUAUGGUGGCUGGCGCGACCCUGUACAACUGGAACCACGGAUCCAACCGCGAGGAGCUCAACCUGCUGCUCAAGUCGAUGGCGGACUUUGUCUACGUGGGGUUCUUCACGCUCACGGGCGCGUCGUUGGAGCUGGAUAUGCUGCUCAAGGCCAUGGCCGUGUCUGUGCUGCUGUGCCUCACGCGUAUCUUUGCCAUCUUCCUCGGCAGUUAUAUUGGCGGAGCGCUCGCGCACGAACCUCAAGUGCACAACCGAGUGUCGUGGAUGGCCUACAUCACCCAGGCCGGCGUGACGCUGGGGCUAGCCAAGAAGAUCCAGCUGCUGUACCCGGGGUGGGGCAGCUACUUUGCCACGAUGAUCGUGUCCGUGGUGAUCUGCAACCAGCUGAUUGGGCCGCCGCUGCUCCGCCUCGUGCUGCGGUACGUCGGCGACUGCCGCGAAAAGGAAAACGGCAAAGUCGACGGGCUGCGGGCGCUAAUCCUGGGCGACGACGAGCGGCUCGUGGUGGUCAACUCGGCCAAGCGGCGGAUGAAAAACUGCGGGUGGGAGCCGUUCAGUUUCUGCAUGAAUAUGCAGGACGCGCAGGACCCGGGCGAGAUGAACGUGCAGGUCCGCGAGGCCAUGAAGGAGCACGAGCCCAUGGACGUGGUGGUGGUCAUGAUGAGCUCGGACGUGCUCAACUACCGCGUGAUCCGCAACGUGGCCCAAGUGUGCACCAAGCUCAAGCGCGUCAAGAUCCUCCGCAUCGUCGUCAAUGUCGUGGGGGACGGCGGCGACGAGGACUGGGCCACGCGGUUUGCCAACAUGCCGUUCCACGAGGAGCAUGGCGACGCCAUCGACGUGGUGGUCGUGGAUCGGAACGAAGCGACGGACAUGCUAAUCGAGCUGGCGGCGUGCGGCAAGCUGAUCAACCAGAAGGAAGUGCUGUCGCCCCGGGCCGACGACUCGGACGCGACCGAAGAAACCAGCGUGAUCAAAGUGAGUCUCUCGAGCAAGAUGAAGCAGAUGCUGUGGGUGUAG